AUGGAUAUUCAAGCAUGGUAUUUGAGAACUUCAAAACUGGCUCUGGCCUUGGCAAUUAUUCGAUCAAAACCAGCAGACAAAAGCAGCAGAGAAUACACAGAGCACCUAGCAGCGCUGGUGUCUAAGCAGGAAUCGAAAUGGAGAUCAAAAGUUGAGGCCUUGGAAGCUGAAGUUCUGCAGUUACGUCAAAAACUUCUUCUGAGUAGGAUUUGUUCAGGAUCAAUUAAGAGUGGAAACUUAUCUUCCCAGUUGCUGGCUCAGGAACCUGGGAGUUCUGAAAAUACAUUAACUCCAGUGGAAGAUUCUGGGUGUGACUUAUCAAGUGAGCAGAGAACUGAAUCUCUGGAGCUAUCCCCACAUUUCGUGGAGAGCAGCACACCUCCACUUUUUCCUCUCCUACCUCUUAUGAAAAGACCUUGUACAGCUCCAGAAAAUCCUUUGUUUUCUCACAUGCAGUUCUUGCAGCAUCUGCUUGAACUAAAGAACUUGACAGAAUCAGGUGGUCUGAAAACAGACUUAACCCACUUUGAAAAAGACUCUUCUACGGUCUCCAAUUCUGUUUGUCAGUUGCUGGAUGGCCUGAUCACUUUUUAUCGUAAUCCCAAACUUCCUUUUUCAAGCUUUUGGACGGAAGCUGUUGGUACUUUAGCUAAACUGACCAGUGAUUAUAACUUAUCUAAUCAUAUUCUUAAAAAGUGUUAUAAGAAGUUGGAAGAAUUUGAGAAAACACUACUACAAGUUAUUUUAGGGAACAACCAUAUAAACCGGUUUCAGGUGCAGCAUUAUGUCUCUCAGAGUCUGGUAACCCUAGGAAGUUGCAGCUUGUUGAGAAAAUCUAUUAUAUCUCUACUUCUAUCAGAAGUAAACAGCUUUGCUGAUGAUCUGGGGUCCAUCAGUGAGGUGCAAGCCAGUUACGAUGUGACACGCUAUGAAAAUAUUUUCUCCUUGUUCUGGGUUCUAGAGCAGCUUCUUCAGAUGGAAACCAAAGACCACACUGCCGGUAUAAGGCAUGAUGACCAGGAAGUCAAGAGAUUUCUUCAGAAUCAUGAUGAAACUAUCUUCCAACUCUCAGAUGCAUUUCCUCUGUUUACUUUUUACUUAUGGAGACUGGGCAUUCUCUUGAACUCAGCAAAGAUAGACACUGUUGAAAAUAACUCACUUCCUUAA